GAAGAGCGUAGAUUCCCGUGCUAUCUUCCUUCACUUCCCUGGGGCUCCCCAUCUCGAUGUACAUUGCACUGACAUCAAACACAUUUACACACAUCUCUCAUUCUUAUUUUACUUUCAUUUUCAUUAAACCCAACGCAAACUAUAUCCCCCUUUUGUUUAUAUCCAAAUCCAUGUUUAUUCCCUCAAUUAAUUAAGCUUCCAACUUCAACAUUCCCCCUACCCAAAAACAAAAACAACUUUUCGAAGUGGGAGAUGUCUGCAAAUUCUUUAAUGUUUCUCUGCAAUACCUGUCACUCUCUUCAUUCAUCUUCUUCAAUCGAUUCUCUCAAUUCCCUUCUCCCAUUUUAACCCAAACCCACUUCUCCGUUUCUCUGGAUAUGGCGAAUUGGGGUGGAAUUGGGAAUCUUCCAACCACACCACUUGAAUUUCAAAAAACAGAGCAACAACAUAGUACUAAGAAUUAUGAAGAUGGGGAUGGAGUUAAACCCAAGAGGCGGCCACGAGGCCGGCCACGAGGCUCCAAAAACAAGCCGAAGCCACCGAUUCUCAUCGCCAAAAUCACUCCCAACACCCUUCAAACCCACGUUUUCGAAAUCGCCACCGCCACCGACAUUGCCGACUCCAUUUUCACCUUCACCCAACGCCGCCGCCGUGGGGUUUCCAUUCUCAGCGCCACCGGCCUCGUCACUGACAUCACUCUCCGUCAACCCCCCGGCGUCAUCACCCUCCACCAACGCUUCGAGAUCUUGUCUCUCUCUGGCGCCUUCCUUCCCACGCCCUCCCCCCACGGAACUUCCGCAUUGACCGUCUAUCUCGCUGGCGACCAAGGGCGUGUCGUCGGAGGCCUUGUCGCUGGCCCCAUAAUAGCCGCCGGCCCCGUGGUAGUAGUUGCAGCUUCAUUUACCAAUGCUAUGUAUGAAAAAUUGCCGAUGGAAGAAAAUGAAGAGAAAACAGAGGAGGAUAAGCAAUUGGAAGAAAACAUUAAUGGAAACAAGAAUUCAAUGGGAGAAUCAUCAUCAUUAGCAGCAGCAAGUUCUUUGGGAGUUCAUAAUUUGAUUCCUAACACUCAAAUUUCACAAGAAACGUUUUGGGCUCCUCCUCCUCCUCCAUCUUAUUAAAUCAAAUGGUAUAUAUUAUGAAAAAUUGGGUUUUCAUAUUAACAAAUCCUUUUGUUGGUUUUUUGAAUAUUUUGUACUCAUGAAUUGUCAUUAUUUGUUGAUCAUGGUUAGAAAAUAUGUUUUCUUGUGUUGUGAAAUUCAUGGGUUUUGUCUGAUAAGAUAUGGGAUCGUUUGUGUAUAGUGAUCAAUAAUAUGUAUAUUAAAUAUAUGUUGUAUUACUGUAAUAA